AUGGAGUAUUUUUCUACUAGAGGAGGACCCCACAAUCUUUCAUUUGAAGAGGCAGUGCUUGCCGGGCUGGCACCCAAUGGCGGUCUUUACAUUCCCACUACCAUCCCAAAACUGCCAAAUAACUGGAAAACCGAUUGGAAAGACUACAGCUUUGUGGAUCUUUCUGUUGCCAUCCUCUCCCUAUACAUUUCAAGAGAGGAAGUUUCUGAAUCAGAGCUCAGAGACCUUGUGGUCAAGUCAUAUGUUUCGUUUCGGCAUCCCGAAAUCACACCAUUGAAGAAGCUUGGAGCGAGGAAGUACAUUCUGGAGCUAUGGCAUGGUCCAACAUGGGCAUUCAAGGACGUUGCAUUGCAGCUUUUGGGAAAUUUGUUCGAGUUUUUCCUGAGCAGAAAGAACGCAAAGGCGGGUUCUUCGGUGGAAAAGUUGACGGUCAUCGGGGCCACUAGUGGUGAUACCGGAAGUGCCGCCAUCUAUGGUCUUCGCAACAAAAAGAAUAUCUCCAUCUUUAUUCUCCAUCCAAAAGGCCGUGUUUCUCCCAUUCAAGAGGCCCAGAUGACUACAGUCACAGACCCGAAUGUGCACAACUUGGCCGUCAAGGGUACCUUUGAUGACUGCCAGGAUAUCGUCAAGACCCUUUUCUCUGAUACCGAUUUCAACGCCAAGCAUAAUCUUGGCGCGGUCAAUUCAAUCAAUUGGGCACGAAUACUAACACAGACCGUCUAUUAUUUCUCUGCCUAUUUCCAAGCCCGCCGAUUGUUAGGACUUUCUGCGGACCAGGAAAUAGAUUUGCAGUUUGUCGUUCCAACAGGAAACUUCGGUGAUAUUCUUGCUGGCUAUUAUGCGAAAAAAAUGGGUCUUCCGAUGGAAGGAAAACUUGGGGUGGCUACCAACUCUAACGAUAUCCUUGCGAGAUUCUGGAAGACUGGCCGAUACGAGAAAGUCGACUCAUCGAAUGUAGUCGAAGUGUCAAAAGAUAGCAGCGGUGUGAAAGAAACCCUCAGUCCUGCCAUGGACAUUCUUGUGUCGAGCAAUUUCGAGAGGCUGAUGUGGUAUCUGGCGUACGAAGGCAUUCCGGACGGUACUCCAGACCGACGAGAGAAGGCUGGUGGGACCAUUAACGAUUGGAUGGCCAAACUGAAGAUUGAUGGACGAGUGGAAGUACCUAUCGAAGUCCUCGAAGCGGGAAGGCGCGACUUCUGCGCGGAGAGAGUGAGCGAUGAAGAAACAUUGGAGACGAUUAAAAAUCUCUACUUGGACCCUUCGCCUUAUGUCGUUGACCCACACACUGCUGUAGGUCUUACGGCGGCCAAGCGAAUGGAGCAAGACAUCUCGACGUCGACAAUACAGAUAGUUCUGUCCACAGCACACCCGGCAAAGUUCUCUGAGGCGGUAACGAAAGCCCUGUACGACAUAGCAAAUUUCAACUUCGAAGCUCAUGUCCUACCGGAGGAGUUCAAGGGGUUGUUAUCGAAAGAAAGACGAAUCAUUGAAGUGGAAUCCGCAAACGUUGAGCUCGUGAAAAAGGUAAUCGAAAGCAAACUGUAA